AUGGCUGCUCAGCUCUCCCUCCCAACGAUACCGGAGGCUCUUGGAGCCAGACUCAUCGGUACCGGGCUUGACGUUCUACUCCUAGGUCUCGUCUCGAACCAGGUCUGCACGUAUGCCGCCGAGUACGGGAGCACGGACGGCGUGUACCUCCGCUUAUACGUCGCCGGCCUCGCCUCCCUGGUCUGGGCGAAGUCAUUGGUGAAUCUCGUCUACGUUUGGGAAAAGUUCAUUACUCGCUUUGGCGACCCCACCAACGUCCUCCCUGCGAUCAGCACGUACGAAAAUAGGCUAGUUGGAAGCUUAGCUAUCCUGGUGGUCACUACCGUCUGCUAUGGCCAGUUAUAUUACAUCUACCGCCUCUAUUCCCUCUCCCGAAAAAAUGUCUACAUCACCGCCACUCUUACUCUCAUACUCGUUGCAGCUUUUGUCUUGAGCUUUGCCAGUGCCACGUCUUUCGCCACCCUAGGUGUAGUCGGCGCUCAACGGACUUCAAAGCUUGUACGCGCGGCUUAUCCGCUGAUUAUAAUUGGCGACAUAAGCCUAUCUUUCAUCACUGCCUAUUUCCUCCUCCGAUUCCGCCAAAACGCCUUUGCCGCCACUGCCAAUAAAUUGACUCGGCUCAUCGUACUGGUAUUUCAGACGGCCGCUCCAGCAACUAUCAUCGCGGUCGUAGACUGUGUGCUGAUCUACGUCCUGCCCAGUCUUUCGGCGAUCCCGUCGUCGUUCUUGAUGACACUCGCAAACCUGUGGGCAUUCUCGGUGAUGUGGACCCUCAACGAACGGAAUGACCGGCGGGCGCGUGCCGCGGACGGCCAUGGUCAGGCGGCGACGGCCGUUCACACUAUGGUGAAUGCGAAUAGGGCUCCGACACAGAAAGGACACGCGGUUGCAGAGUCGCGGCCGUCUCAUAAUCGCGAAGAGAAGCGAUGA